AUGUAUGGAGCUCCCUGGGAGGCUCAGGUUCCUUGGAGGCCCGAGCCCUGCCCCGUGCGCAAGGGGCCGGGCUUCUUGCCGGCCUGGCAAGAGCUCCAGCUGCAGCAGCUUUGGGACGUGAAGGCGGUGGCUCAGGUCACUCCCCGGGAAGCCGGUGCUAAGCAACCUGGGCUCAUACGCCAAAACGCGCACAAGGAGCCGCACGGGACGCAGAACGUGGCGAGCGGUGGGGGCGCUGGCACUGGGGGGCUGGUCUUCCCGGGUCAGCUGACAGACGAGAAGGAGAAGAGGAGAAGGCAACAGCAGGAGAUGCAGAACGCGUUGGCCGAGCAGAUCAGAGAGCAGCGGGCGCGCAAGGAGCAGCAGAGGAGAGGCGUGGAGGAUUCGCCCGUGAAGCCCGCGGGAAAUUCCACUGCCUCUCAGCCAGUGCCGGUGCAGAGCACCCGUCCAGAGGUGCAGGAUGAGCGGGAGCGCAAGCGCGUGCAGCAGCAGGAGCUGCAACGGGCCCUGGCGCUACAGGUGGAGGAGGCGCGGCGCCGCAAGGAGCAGGCCCGGAGGCAGCAGGAGGAGGAGGACGCCCGCGAGGAGGAGCGGCUUCGUCGCGAGAUUGCGCAGGAGCAGCAAGAGAGGCACGCAGGGAUCUCUACUUUCGUGCACACGCGACGAAUGGGGCCGAAGGCGUAA